AAAGCUUUCAGAAGGAUAGGGAAUUCAAUUAUGAAAGAAGAGCUCUAACGAUGGGUGAAGAGAAGCUCUCAGUGAAUGCGGAUAUUGAUAAUAUAACAGCAGCGUUUGAAGCUCUGAUGAUUAAUCAG